AGUAAUGAAUAGUGUGAAGACAGUUGCCUUGGCACACUUAAACAAGCAGUUGAAAACUAUCUGGAUUCCAUCAUCACGAUUCUGCAGUCUGGCCACCUGUACUCGCAAAAACAGGAAUGAUGCAUUGCAUCCGCUUUGGCAGAGUCCACUUUCGAUUCCUGGAGGCACACGACAGUCUCCUAUCAAUAUCCAAUGGAGAGACAGCAUUUAUGACCCUUUUCUGAAGCCCCUGAAAAUCAGCUAUGACCCAGCCACGUGUCUGCACAUCUGGAACAAUGGGUAUUCAUUCCUGGUUGAAUUUGAUGAUUCUACUGAUAGAUCAACAAUCAUGGGAGGUCCUUUGGAAAACCCAUAUAGGCUGAAGCAGUUCCACUUCCACUGGGGAGCCAUAAAUGAGUGGGGUUCAGAGCACACGGUUGACAGUAAAGUUUAUCCAGCAGAGCUGCAUUUAGUACACUGGAAUGCUGUCGUGUACCCAACUUUUGAAGAAGCUGUAAUGGAAGGUGAUGGCUUGGCUGUUAUUGGAGUAUUUUUAAAGCUAGGAGAACAUCAUGAAGGACUGCAGACGUUGGUAGAUGCCUUGCCAGCAGUUAAACACAAGGACACAGUUAUUGAGUUUGAUGUCUUUGACCCCUCCUGUUUGAUACCUUCAUGCCCUGACUAUUGGACCUACGCAGGCUCUUUGACUACUCCUCCACUUACAGAAUCAGUCACGUGGAUUAUUAAGAAGAAACCAAUAGAGGUUGAUGAGAAUCAGCUGGAGGCAUUUCGGAUGCUGCUCUUCACUUCAGAUGGUGAAGAAGAAAAGAGAAUGGUAGACAACUUUCGCCCUCUUCAGCCAUUAAUGAAUCGAACCGUCCGUUCAUCCUUCCAAAAUAUGCAUCUCUUGAAUAUUGAAGCACAGUCCAAGGACCAUGCUCAGCAGAUCGGGCCAUAGGUGACCCAUGAAAUGUCAGUCCAGAUUGUGAUACUUGGAUAUAAAUGACAUUUCUUUUAUUACUGUUUUUCCUUUUUUUGCAGUGUGUAUAUGCCCUACAGCUUCACAGUCAGCCAUUUUCAGUUCUACUAAGUGCUGUUGAGAAGGAGUGAAUAUUAACUCUUAACAACUUUACUUGUUUCAAAAGAGUUUAAUCAAUGUUAGUAUGUGCCAGGAAUUAUUUUGAAAGUUAAAGGAAAAAUAAGGGGAGGAGAUCUUAUUCCCUCUCUUUUGUCUAAAUUGUUAUGUGUCUCUUCAAACACUCUCAGUGGCUUGAGGGAGUUAAUAAUCACAACUGAAAACAAGCAGAAGCGUGAAGCAGUCAAGAGUCUGUUAAUACUGAUGGCUGAUGAGGUGCAUUGCAAUUGUUUCAGUGGCUUGGGAGGAGAGUUAUCAUCACAUUAUUUAGAAAAAAAAAGACUUUUUAUCCUCUUUCUUUUUUAUUUAAAAUGAAAAAAGCAUACAACUUGGUGCUUAGCAUGAUGAGGAGAAUGAAGAAUUUGAUUUAUGGAAUCUAGACCUUUUCCAUCACGUUCACUGCAUGAUCGCUAUUUGGCAUGGAUAGAGCCACAGAAUGUCCACUAUAUCUAUACAGAAGCUGGAAGAUGUUUUCCAAAACUCAGCAACAAAUUUAGAACCUUUUAACAGAGAAAAAUAGAAGCUGUCAAAAUUAAUAAUAUGCCAGGAAAAGAGAGCAGGAGAAAAGAACCACCAGUAUCUCAAGACUGUCCAAGAGCAAUACAUUUGACAAAAUGUCUGGUUGAUCCCAGGAAACUGAUUAUAUCAGUGGAAAACAAAAUUAGCUGAGCCCCAGGAUGGGCCAGUGGGGUGUGAGGGAAGCAGAUUUCUGAAACCUAAUCCAGUGCUAGGAAAGUGUGGACAAAACACAAUAUUCAGCUACUCUAGAUAUUUUUUUGGCAGCUCUCAGAGCACUAAUAUGCUCUUUUCAGUGUUUUGCCUGAAGUUGUACUUUUCUUAAAAGAGAGUUAUCUAGCUUAAUGACAACUGGGGAUCAGACCCUUUUACAGAACCUUAUGGAAAUGAAGUUAAGUGGUGCUAGAAUCUUAUUUGGGGACCAGACAAAAUUGCCCUUUAAGUUGCCAGUUACAGAGUUAUGGUCUAGCUGGCCCAAGCUUUAUCUACCUCUGAAGCAUACUACUAGCAAUGAUUUUCUCUAGAGCAUGUUUCUUGUUGCCUUUAUAUGCUUUCUUGUAUUUAACAGUGCAUUAAUGGUGCAUUAAAUUCAUGUACAAAAACACGAUCAAAUUUUUUGAUGAGGAACAGGUCUGUCUGUGAAUUGAUGACAUGAUCUUGACUGAUUGUAUUUAAGGAUCUUUUUGAGGGACAGUUGUUAAUUGGGCUACUUCAGCCAGUAAGCAAAGUCACUGCUUGCUGGUGUCAUUUAGCACGAGAUCCUAGGACACUAGCUUGUCAAGGCUAAAUUCAGAACUCUGAGAUUGCUACUUUUUUUUUGGUUUUGUUUUGUUUUUAUGUUGAAAUAUUCAGUUUAAAAUCACUUUAUGACCUUUUAGAGUGACCCCAACUAUUUCAAGGCUUUGCAAUGUUCUUCUUUAGCUGCUUGAAGGGUAACAUAAGGGCAAAGGGUAACUGAGGGCAUCAUAAUAGUGCAAGUCUGCAGAAUCCUAUCAGUGCCAGUUUUACCGGAGAAUGACAGAUUCUAAAAUAAUUCUGGAAGGGAGAUUUACAGGCCUGGCAAUAAGAAAAGCAUUCCUUGCUUUCUGCUUGAUCGUGCUUGUUCUAGAGUCAUUUUAAUCUUGAAGUUUCUUUUCAGUACUGUUCUUACAAACACUUUUCUCAGAAGGACCCUGUAUAAAGAUGGCAGCAAUUCAGAACUGGUUGAUUUGCAGGUAUCUUGUAUACCUUUGAGAGUUUUUCCUAUUUAGGAAAACUCUCAGUUUUCCUAAUUAGCAGUUAGGAAAAUAUGUGAUGGAAAGUCAUCUUAAUGUUGCCUUUACAUUUAAAAGUACAAGUGACUCAGCAGUACUAAGCUAGCUAUAGGUUGCCUGUAUCAACCAAAAUAUUUGAAACUACUCCAUUAUAAAACCUCAGGUGGGUAUGGAGAAGAAAGCUGUGACAUAGUCUCCGUUACAUCGGUGAGGAGCCAUCUCACUAGUGGCUUUAUUAGUGGAGGAAAACCAUUUGGAGUAAAGAGGGAACAACCUAGUUUAAUUUGUCUCAGUUUGAAUUACCAACUAUAAAUACACAUGAACUUUUAACGUGCUUAAAGCUGCAAGUUAAGCCAGCAUCUCUAAAUUAAUACAGAAUAGUAAGGCACUUUUUUUAUUGAGGUUAUUAGUUUAAGGUCUUAAAAACAAGCAAACCAUCCCUAUCAUAAGUGAAAGGGGUCUUUAAAUAAACUUCAUACUGCAACUCAAAAGUAUUUUAAAUGCCUUGGUAAUUUUCAUAAAGUUUUUGUGCAGCUCUGAUUUGCAAAGCUUGUUUCACUAGUUGAUAAAGCUUUCUUGGCAUAUGCAAAUGCAAAAUAUACAUUUUGUUCUUAGGGAGCUACUGUGGUAUAAAUAUUUAAUCUUCAGGUGUUUCAUAGUGCUGUAGUAUACUUGUAUCCAGCUGAAUUCCCGUUGAUUAGAUUUGUUCUACUGAAGAUUUUUUUUCCCCUAAUUCUGUAGGUCUCUUUCAGUGUGCUCACUACCGUGUAGGAGUCACAAUGAUGUUGAAUAUUUUAUCUCCAGUAAUCUAAUUAAGAUGUAAAAUUCUCAUAUAGAUUUAAUUAUUUUGUUAAGGUAUCAUUAUGGAAUUUUUACUAGAGAAAAGCUGAAUUAUCCAGGCAUAGAGUUAAUAAGCUGUAAUUUCUGUGUAUAUGUUUAUAUAAAAUCAUAUCUAAAUAUACAGACACAUAAAAUUAGUAAGUUUUCAGCAAUGAAUUUAAAAUAUCUCAAAACAGAGUCAGCAUUAAACUUUUAACUCUAUUAAGAAAAUAAGCUUUACGGGGAUUUUCUGUUACAGUUAUUUUGCUCCUAUCUGAGACAGUGUUGUAUUUACAUAUCAGUGUUCUAGGAGCUCUGCUUCAGGUAGACUGUGUCUCAGUUGCAGGGCAGAUUGUCAUAUGUUGAAAUUACCUGACUGGAAAUGAGUAGAAAGUUUAUUUUUACUUUCAUGUUACAGUGACUACAUUGGCCUUACAAAGGUUAACUUCAAGGAAGAUAAUUCUGCGUGCAUACGUGUGUGCACAAAAUAGGUGGUGGGCACAAUUCUUCUGUUUUAUUUUUCAGCCUUCUUCAUGCAGGGGGAACAAAACCUAUGACUCUGGUUGCUGGACUUUAGCUAAUAUUUGUAAUUUUUUGCACAAUUGAGUUGAUUUGCAGAUGUCUGCAUAGGAAUCUUUUGACUUUUAGAUUGUACAAUGUAGGAGGGUCAAAGCACACGGUUGUAUUUGCACUUGCAUUGUAAUCACUUUUGUCACUUAAUUCUCUACUGGGAGGCAUUCCUGUGGCAGUAAGUACCAUGGGCUGAAGGCUGUGGUGAGAUUCAUUCUGAGGAGGGUAAGCUGAAAUGAGAGUAGAAGCAGCAUCCAUGUUAGUCCAACUUGUUUUCGGUAACAGAAAUUUCCAAAACAGGAGUCUUCCUGUCAAAUACCACUCUGACAGAAAUUUCAUUCUCAGUGCCUUUAUAGUUGGAAUGACUUUUUUUGGCGCUGGAUUUUUGGUUCAUAUUCUUGCAAUCCAGAGCUUUCACACAAGCGCAGUUCAGGUGUUCACCAUAUCUGCCUGACUUGUCUUUUGCUGUCUUCUGUUGUAGAUGGCUUGCACUUGUAUUUUUACCUUAAGUCUGACAGGAGUGUAUCCUUUUGACUUUGAAAGCUGUAGUUAUGGAGACUGUUUUGAUCUAAAAAAUCUCCUGGUUACUGGAGUACUGGAAUUCCACAUGACUGGCUAGUGAGGAAGAGUCCCUUACUCUGUUCAACUUCAUAGGCAAUGGUAUUUGCUUUCAAAUUUGAAUACUUUCCUUUUCAGAGUCGUAACUUAUGAUUCUUAACGUAUCUUUGUUGUUUUUCAUUGUAUGCCUAGUUGUUUUCCUGGCAGUUAUUACAUUGCAUAUUUUAAUGUAUAUUCUCUUCCUAAUCAUAAUUUACUGACAUAAUUGUUUUUAUGGACAGCAUAUGUAAGGGGGAAUGCCUAUUUUCUGCUAGGAAACACUUUUUUUCUGAGUUUGUACUUGAUGUCAAGAAACUUUUAGCUGCUGUAUUUUUAAAAUGUUAACUUAGUGUGCAGAAACACAAUAAAGAAACAGAGAAACCUG